AUGGCAGACAAAUUAAGUGUCGUAAACCAAGCAUCAGACAAGUUCCUAACAAUGCGGCACCAGGGUAUACGCUAUGCUCAAGUUGAUUUGGAAGCGCGAGCAGAUGACAACCAGCUAGUUCACGCCAGAGCACAAUUGCGAGAUUGUGAUUCGAAUCUGCUGAAACUGUCAGAGAAGCAGAAAGAUGCCAAGACCUCCGAGGCAGUGUCUUUGCCACCGCGGCACACGAGGCGACUGCAGCUGCGCUUGCAACCGUUACCUCCCGGCGAGAGCGCCGAGUUCCAGCUUUGCACUGUUCACCUCCUGAAUGAGGACGGCGAGUCGGUAGCAGUUCGGGAUGCGCUCAUAAAGAAAGGCGACCACUGCUACUGCGUGUGGCAUUGCGACUGCAUCUGUUACGGCGACAACCCCCGGCUGCCUUGUCGGCCGAUGCCUGCGGCGAGGCAAGACGCCGCGGGCUUGCCGGCGCGCCGUGGCGCCCGCUUCGCUCGCCAGUGCCAAUAUGCCGAUAUUCCAACGAUUAAUAUAGCAGUCGUUAUUAUUGGUGUUGUUGGGAUGUUACUGUUUCUUGGUGUAUUAAAAGGUCUUUUGGGAGUGGUAUGGCCGCGAGCUGGCGUGUGGGGCCUGGACUGGAUCCUGGAGGAGCCGAGACCUAUCGAGCGCUACCGCGAGUGCAGCUUGCGCGACCGCCAGGUGGUGUACGACGGCAAGGGCUGGCCGGUACAUCCGGACACUCGCGAGAGGACUGUCAGAGUGGUCAGCUUACCGGUGGAAUUUAUUUUAAAUGUCGUAUUUUUUAUCGUAACUCCUGGGCUGAUCGCAGUUGACACAAUAAAGCAAUUAAAGAAGGGCAAGUCAGGCCACACAUCAGCCGCUGUUGGCGAAGGCAAUGUAUCUCUGCCCGAACGUUCGAAGGAAACAAGCCGUCGCGAGCAGCAGCAGAUGUUUCCUAUGAUACAACACGAUUACCAGCGUACUGAGUUGGGCCCUGGCCUUGUUUCGGAGAGUAAUUCUGAUCAAGAAGAUACAGCUUUCGUUCUCAUGCGCAUGAAAGAAAGUUCGGAGUCACUAGCUAGAAACCAAGUGAAACUCGAGUCAGACUCUGCUAAAUCAUGUACGCGUCGUGCAACCAAUGUGACAGCCACGCAGCCAGCUCCAGCUGCUAGGGAAAAUAUAAACCAGCCCUAG